AUGAAAGUAGCCACUCGUAUGAAUUCACUACCUAGCUACUCGAUCGGUUACAUGAACAACACUCCUCCAGGAAUAACCACAUUCAUCAACAAUGAACACAGUCAACACCACACACGAGCAAACCUCGGCUCAAUCUCACCAACAGCAUCAUCAACCUCAACCGUAGACUCGACCGAACUACGAAACAGUGAUACCACAUCCGUUAUAUCCCUACCAAACAACAACAACACUACCACUGCAAAUAGUGUAUCUCCGCCUGCCUCUCCACCACCGACUCUCUCUCAUAAUGACCACCAUAUGCACGACCCUCAUACUACACAACCAGCUAUAAAUGACGGUGCUCCACAAAUGGGAUUAUCACACUGGGAGCAACAACGCAACCAUUGGAGACGGAAUCAUCAAGAAUACAAUGAGAAUAGUUUCGAGUCUUUUAGAUCGCAUCCCGCUUUAGAGGCUGUAGAGGAGGCACAUUAUGAGACUAUCUUUUCGAGUAUUGUUCAUAAUCAGCGCCGGUUUGCUAGACCAGUCCCACUGGACUUCGUAACGACUGUACUGGUCCACGGUUGGAAGGCCGAAGGACUCUUCACUCCUCCGCCAGGAUAUGACGCUCAACAGCAAUCAUAA